CAGGUUGGCAGCACAGCCUAGCGAUCAGCAGGCGUGUCGCAUGCGUUUGAUUUUUGUUUACAAUGCUUUUCCGGAGGCGCUGCCUUUUUACCGCCCUGCGACUGGCGCGGAGGAAUCUCACCACAGACAGGAAGAACCAUGGGCACAUUGUGCUCCAUCCUGAGGUCCAACAGGCGCUGCACGAGCGGCAGCCUUUGGUGGCCCUGGAAUCGACGAUCAUCACUCACGGAAUGCCCAUGCCGGAGAACGUGACCACAGCCCUGGCCGUGGAGGAGGUGGUUCGAAGCCAGGGAGCCAUACCUGCUACUAUUGCGAUCAUGGAUGGCAUAAUUAAAGUGGGUCUGACGAAGGAGGAACUCUGCCUGCUCGCCCAGACGCCGCGGGAACGGGUCAUCAAGUGCUCUCGAAGGGAUCUGCCAUUCGUCGUAUCCAGAAAAAUGGGCGGCGGUACCACUGUCGCGGCCACGAUGAUCAUUGCCCACCAAGUUGGUAUCGAAUUGUUUGCCACAGGAGGCAUCGGCGGGGUUCACCGCGAGGGACAUGUUUCUCUGGACAUCUCCGCCGACCUGACAGAACUCGGACGCACCCCAGUGGCUGUAGUCUGCAGUGGGGUCAAAUCCAUCCUGGACAUACCUCGCACCUUGGAGUAUCUGGAGACCCAGGGAGUGUGUGUGACGUCACUGGGUAGUCCAGGUGGCGUAUUCCCCGAUUUCUACACACGGGACAGUGGCUGCAAGGUGCCAUAUGACCUGGCCGAUCCUCAGGAGGCAGCGGCCCUGCUCCGCUCUUGGAAGGAAGUGAACCUUCAAUCGGGUGUCCUGAUUGGAGUGCCUCUGCCGGAAGAGUUUGCGGCGGACAAGGAUAAAAUUGAGGAAGCCAUCAAGGAGGCCACCGCCGACGCAAAAGCUAAGGGUAUUUCCGGCAAGGAAGUCACCCCCUUCCUGCUAUCUGCCAUCUCCGAGAUCACAAAGGGGAGCAGCCUCAAGGCCAACAUUGCGCUGAUUAAAAAUAACGCCAAGGUGGCGGCCGAGAUUGCAGUUGCCUACCGAAACGGAUGUGGAAAAGCACCUGGUGGAAGGGCAAACUCCACUAAACCUCUGGUCGUUGGAGCUGGAAAAGCACCUGGUGGCAAGGAAAACACUAAGCCACUGGUCGUCGGAGCCUCCAUUCUCGAUCUAUCCUUCAAGGUGCAAGACCAGAACCGAGACAUGACGUUGGAUGGAUCCACUUACUCCGCAAUAGCGAAACAGGCCGCUGGGGGCGUGGGACGUAACAUCGCCGAAGGCAUUUACAAGCUACAUGGUGACGUGAACUUCAUCUCGGCCGUGGGAAACGAUCAUAUGGGCGAGUGCCUUCUUAAGAUGAUGCCCCAGGCGCUGCAGCGUGGCAUCCUCGUGCAGGACAACCAAGCAACUUCGUUGUGCUCCCUUAUGUUCGACAAGUUUGGUGACUGCAAGAUCAUCCUCGGAAACAUGGAGAUCCACCAAACAAUUACGCCCGAAACACUCCAGCCCUACCACGAGUUCUUCUGUGAUGCCCCCAUAAUCGUCAUGGACAGCAAUAUCUCCGAGCAGGCGAUGACGAGCAUCCUACAGCAGGCGGAGGAACACAAAACUCCCGUGUUCUUCGAGCCCACCGACAUGUCUAUAGCUGGCAAGCCAUUCAAGCUGGCUCCGGAGCUGACAAAGAACAUCCGCCUCAUCAAGCCCAACAUCCACGAACUGAAGACCAUUGCAGAGGUCAUAACGGGCGAGACCAUCAAAGGGAAACUUGAUUCCAAGCUGUCGCGAGAGCAACUGCUCCAGCAAGCGAAGUCGUUGAUCAAGAUGAUCGACCGCCACUUCAACUGCAUCAUUGCCACAUUGGGAAACCACGGCGUCCUACUCAGCUACCGGCAGGAUGCCAAUUCCGAUGCCCAUCUGCUGUUGGACGUGGAGAGCUCUGGCUCUCCGCACUGCACGCGAUUCUAUGCUGCUCCCAAGGUCAAAAACAUUGUGAAUGUCUCGGGAGCUGGCGACAGCUUCUGCGCGGGCUUCAUCAGCACUCUGUUGCACGGCCGCGACCUGGACCACUGCGUGGCAGCUGGGUUUGUGGCCGCCGAGCGGGCACUCCACUCCGAGUCGGCAGUGCCCAGCAACUACUUUCCUGAUCUUGAAGCCUUCGAGAGCCGCUACACGCAGGCUGCUGAGAAUCUGAAGCAAUAUAGCAUUUAGAGAUUUAAACAAUUGUCGUUUACUCAGGUUCUGUGCUUUAUUCCGCAUUUUAUUCUAAUAAAGUAGAUGAGUUCCGCGUCUAGUAGGCCCACCUGGAAAACAAAUUGAAAGAUUGUUAUUUUUUAUAUGACUCUCAAGGACAUGUACAAAUAAAUUUGUUAACUAUCA